CGUAGUCUCAUUAAGAGCUAGGGCCACGCUCCGACGGCUCGGUCUGCAGCGGGCGCCCGCCACCCUGACACAACAUGGGGAAGUUGAAUUUUUAUGUCCUUUGGUCCCUGCGCGACGCCCCCCGCCAGUUCAUCAGCAAAUCCAACCGAAGGUGCUUUCAAGUCCACAUCCCGCUGCCUCUGCCCAAGCAGCUGGUCAUCUUUGGUCUGGGAGAGUGGAACGGCAGUGACACGAUACUCUCAGCCGAGGUUCUGGUCAGUGCAGAGGUACAGGCCCAGAAAAUUGGGAUUCUGUCAGCCCAUGCAAGGUGCCUGACUUGGGAGGGUGACUGGAGCUUGGACAUCGUCACAGUGGCAGCAGAGAGGGGCAGGAGAGGAGUUUAUGGCAAGAUUGUGCUCACAGUGUGUGGAGGGGAUGAAACCAGUGUCCUUAGCAGUACUCCUCGGGUUCAAAUGAAGUGUUUGUAUCUAGAACAGAACAAUUCAACUGAUCUCUGCAGCGUAUUACACCAGAGUGCUGAAAAUGAAACGAUAACUCCCAAUUCCUCACAGUUGGGCGACAGUGUUUGUUUUGCUGAGAUCCAAGUGAAUAAAAUUGACACCAGUGAUUCCACUGUGGGAUAUAAACCCCCAGUUUGGCCAACGGACAAGACACCCAGGUGGACUGUUAUCGGUAAGAGAGACCACCUGACAUGGAGCUCUGAGGACAUGGACAGUCUCGCCGAGGACAUAGACCAGGCUUCAACCCCUAAGAAAAAGAGGCUGUCCAGGAUGAACAGCCAAGAAGAGAUGGCGGUGCAGAUCAAGAAUGAGAACAGAGAAGUUUCAGUGUGUCCAUCGACGCGCUGGAGCCAUACGAUGUGUCUGAGUGACCCUCACACCGCCGUCCUCAUCGGGGGGGAGAUGGCAGAACAAAACUACUGCAAGGACUCCCUGUGGAAGCUUGAGUUAGACAGUGACUUCUGGUUCCCCAUGAACUCCUCUGCUUCUGGACCUGUACCACCAUGUGCCCGAGGACACUCUGCAACCUAUGACCCGGACUCCAAGUCAGUCUUUGUUUACGGUGGCCUGAGGGAAGGUCAGCACUACAGCGAGCUCUACGUCCUUAAUACUCUGACCUGGAAGUGGAAGCUUGUCACUGCAAAAGGGAAUGUGCCAACUUUGGCCUAUCACUCUGCAGCGUUUUAUAAGAGAGAGCUCUUUGUCUUCGGCGGAGUCCUGCCGGGCCAUUCUUCUGGGGAUAAAUCCUGCAGUAAUGCUUUGUACAUCUUCAACCCAGAGUUUGAACUCUGGUACCAGCCCAUUGUGGAGGGGGACAGACCUCUGCCUCGGUUUGGGCACUCGGCCACACUUCUCUCACAGAGGUUGAUAAUAUUUGGUGGCCGGAAGACUGCAACCUACCUUAAUGAUCUCCACGUUCUAGAUCUGGGAUUCAUGGAGUACACAGCUGUGAAGAGUGGGAACAUGCCACCACUGCCUCGAGGAUUUCAUGCGGCGCUCCCAGUUUCAGACAACAGGAUUUUAGUCAGUGGGGGCUGCAGUGCAAUCGGAGCCCUACAAGACGUACAUAUCUUCAGCACUGAUACCAACAUGUGGAGUUCAGUGGCGUCUCCUGCGCUUUGCUCCAAGCCUCGCGCUGGACACAGCAUGAUAAGUUUGGGCUGCUCCAUCCUAACGGACACCGAGAAGCAUGAAAAGGGUGAAAACGUCAAAGUCCACUUCACGUUGCUGGUGUUCGGCGGGUCGGACUGCUCUGGUACUUUCUACAACGACACAGUCAAGUGCAAGGUGGAGGUUCCUGGUGACAAGUGAUGGAUUCAUCAGGGAAGAAAUCCAAGCAGGAAAAUUGUUUUUCUACUCUUUAAACAGUAGAGUAUGAUCUCCAUGUGUAUUUGUCAAGUUUUUUUUCUACUUGGCUGUCUUUCUUUACGUCAUAGAAUUAUAAUGAUGUAUAUUCGACAGCUUAUACUUUACUGUAGCCUUCUUUUUUUUUAUGACGGUCUCUUCAGUAACCAUCCAUACUUCCAUGAUACAGCCAAUAUGCUGCAAGUGGUGGGCACUCUGCAUAACGAAUCUCUGAUCUGCAUGUAUUUACACAUUGCUUAAUGUCAUUUACUUUUUCCCCACAUACCUGUGCCUAUUUGACAGUAAAGUAUUGGACUGGGCAAAAUGAAUAAAAUUAAAAUGUAUAUCUGAAUGCUAAUAAAUAUUUUUAAACUCA